UAGGCAAGUGGUACCUCUGGACCCUCAGAAACUGACUUGACUGAGCAGGAGAUGCAGCAAGUACGAGCAGCUCGUGACCCAUACGGGCUGUUGUUGUUGAGGAGACAUGUCGACCGCCUCGAGUAUAAAGAGUGAGGGAUGCCGUGGCAUGUCUUGUCGAACAUGACGAUCCAGCAGCCCCAGCUCCAACGCCUUCUUCCCACCAGCACCCAGCAGCAGUCCCGCAGACCGCCACGAUGACGCCCUUCCUCACCUACGCGCUCGCUCUGUCGAUGCCCGUCCUCUCCAUGGCCGGGCCUCUUCUCCAGACCAAGCCCCUUCUGGAUGUCCGCCAGGACGAGACUGAGCUCCCGCCUCCGUCUUCCAUCGUCGGCGGCACCACCGCCGUCUCUGGCGAUUUCCCCUUCAUCGUCAGCUUGUCCAGGGGCACCCAGGGCCAUUUCUGCGGUGGUAUUCUGCUGAACGCCAACACCGUCAUCACUGCUGCCCACUGCACUGUUGGCCAGACUGCCUCGAACGUCAAGGUCCGCGCGGGCUCCCUGGCGUGGGCUUCUGGCGGUACCCAAGUUGGAGUCUCUGCCCUCAAGGCCCACCCGUCGUACAACUCGGCCAAGAUCGACUUCGACGUUGCUGUCUGGCACCUGGCCACCCCCAUCGCGACCAGCUCUACCAUCGGCUACGCCACCCUCCCAGCCCAGGGCAACGACCCCGCCUCCGGCACACAACUCACCGUUGCCGGCUGGGGCUUCCUGUCCGAGACCAGCACCGCGCCGCCCGCCACCCUCAGGAAGGUCACCGUCCCCGUCAUCUCGCGCGCCACCUGCCAGUCGCAGUACGGAACCUCCGCCAUCACCACCAACAUGUUCUGCGCGGGCCUCACCGCCGGCGGCAAGGACUCGUGCUCCGGCGACUCUGGCGGCCCCAUCGUCGACUCCUCCAAGACCCUGCUGGGUCUCGUGUCCUGGGGCCAGGGCUGCGCUGAGCCCAACUUCGCCGGUGUCUACACCCGUGUCGGCCAGUUCGUCGACUGGAUCAACACCAACAAGUGGACCUCGUAAAUCUGAGGCUGUCUUGAACGACCUUGC